CAGCAGAAUUCACAGUCACAGCUGACAUUGACAAAAUGUCAAGAUUUUGUAUUCAUUUCAUUUCGUCUUCUCGUUCGUUUUCAAUUUCGCAAACAAUACCUACGUAAGAAGUGUGUGUAAUAAAACUAUGGCUUUAAGUUAUUUGUCAGAGGGCGAAGCGCCGCGGGAUUUCCGAGUUUCGUCGACGGAGAGCGAUGGACACUACACCAAGUGCUUGCUAUGUUACACCGUGAAGAGAAACUUUUACUGUACAGAAUGCGUAAAAACUGGAAGCUUUGUUCACUCGUCGAUGCCCUACUCUGACAGAUUCUCAGAAAAACAAGCAAAAUUACAUAGACUGAAAGUAAACAGACAACAUGUAUUGGACAGAUGCGAAAAACUUUUAUCUAGUAAAAUAAAGAAGGACACGCUAUUAACAGAAGCUAAGUUAGCCCGAGACAAAAUAGACUUAUUGAAAUUAGCUAUAGAGCAGAGGCGGAGCAACAUUGACGCGAAGAAAAAGGAAUUAUUAGAUUUAAAACAUUAUAACGAGGAGUUGAAAUUGAAACUGCCUAGAUACCAAAAACGAGUGGCCAGCCUUGGAAAACAUUCACAGGAACAAAAACUAGAGUUGCAUCAUCGGAUGGCGCGGUACACGGACCAGGGGGCCGCGCUGGGGGCGCUCAGGAGAUCUCGGAUAAGGCAGCUCAUAAAGUAUAUCUUCCCUGUGUACAUGACUUACGAUGUUAGUGAUAGUAUAGAAGAUUUAGAAUUCGUUGGCGACGAGUGGGAGGCGGAGCCCCCGAAGCGCUCCCAGCUGCACAUCGUGGCGCCCUGGAUCAACUCCGACCUGGACUGCGCGGCUAUUGAGGCGUGGUUGACGGAGAACAAGGACGCGGACGCGGAGCACGCGGGCGCGCCGAGCGCGAGCGCGCUGCUGCGCACGCGCGCGGUGCUCGCGCUCGCCGCGCAGCUCGUCGCGCUGCUCGCCUGGACGCUCGACAUCAGGCUGCCGCACGCGAUACCAUUACACGAGUACUUGAACUGGCGCGAGUCGGAGGGCGGCGCGCGAUGGCGCGCGCGGCGCGUGUGCGCGUGCGCGGGCGCGCUGUGCACGCGCGGCGCGCUGCCGCCCUCACUGCCCUCGCCGCUCGCCGGCCUGCACGCGCUCGCGCUCGCCGCCACCACCGACGAACACUCGCUCGGCAGAGUGGAGGGGUGGCUGAGCGCGUCGGUGGUGUCCGCGGGCGAGGCGUGGGCCGCGGCGCUGGGCGCGCGCGCGCUCGCCGACGACGACGAGCCCGAGCACCUCAGCUGGCCCGAGACCUUGGAGGUGACAGACAUCGACGAAAAUGGCAUUCUGCGCGAUAAAAAUGCCUCUGUGACAUAUUGUCCUAUAAUUUAGGCAAGCACAGGAUAAACCGAGCUGGAGGAGCUGAGCGGCACGCCCCCUCCCCCCGCGCCUGCCCCCUCGCUCGUCACGUCCGCCGCUGCCUCGCUCGCCUCCAUGUGGCGAGGCUGGACCAAGUGAUUCAUUCCGUACAUGCCACCACAGAAGUCGGGAUAAUAAAUGUGCGUUACAACAUUCAACUUUGAUUUUAACGUUAAAAAAUUACUGGUGCAACCCACGUGUUAAAGUAAUUGUAACACCUUAACUUUAAAGAAAUUACUAAGAAGCCUUUUCUAGUUAUAUUAUUAUGACGAUUUCACAAUAGUUCAUAAAACAAAUAGGAAAUAUGACUGUCCAGGAAUAUAAAACGCUUCGUCAUGUUGCGUACUUGAGUAAUGUAGUUUAAUAUGAGAACCUCAUAGCAGGCUUUUUAUUUUCCUGGUCAACAAAUGAAUUCAAAUGUAGCUAAACUCUUCCAACUGAUUAAUGACAAAUUAUGUAUAUGUAUACAAACUAACACGUCCUUUUUACACGCUUUACUAUUUUGAAAACGAUAGUGAGAAAUUGAAUAAAGAAUAUAUAUGAAAGCGGUCAAACCGACAAGUUGCUCCGUCGUGUUCCGUUGCGUCGACGCAGCACAGCUCCGUUGUUUUAUAUAAGUUUAACUUACUGUCUUGAUUCGUCGACGGAGCGCAGUCUUCAUGAGAGACAAAGCGGCGCGACGCGACGCGACGCGAAAGUAGUCAGUCUGCCGUCAAACGUAAAAAAAGACGUAUGUCUUUCGAAACAAAAUGUGGAUGCGUCAUUUUUCCGUAUGACGGCAGUUAUAGUCUAUACAUUAUAGAAAGGAAAAGAACAACAUAAUACAUUCGCGUCGCGUUGGAUCGCGCCGCUUUAUCUCAAUGAGGACAACACCCGUAGAGUGUUUCCGAAUUAAUGUUUAUUAUUUACGUUGUGUGCAUUGUCUAGUCAUGCCAUGAUUUUAGAAACUAUUACGGUACGUCUAGAAGUACAAUUCUCAAUUCAUUUCCUUAUUGAAAACGUAAAUUAACUUCAGCCAUCAAAGAUGGCUAGUUUAUUUUCUUAGUGAGGUGUUAGGUCAAUUCACUCGCACGUCUUAGUGUCGAAGUUUCUGACACUCGCCUAUUGUUAGGCUUAUGUAAUGGCAUUACACUGUAGAAAACUCACCUAGCGUGUUUGUGCCAAAACGACACACAAGGUGCGUUUUCAUGUAUGUAUAUGUGUAAACCAAGCCUUCAUAGUUAAUCCAGACGUGUUCCAAGAAACCUUUUAAGGUGAGUUAAUCCUACCAGUGGUGAAGAUUUCUCCUAAAUUAAUCAAAUUUAAUAAGACAAUGUAGGCGCCAUUUCUAAGAUUAUCUCUCCUUAAGUGUAUUGGCCGUGGGUAUUAAACACAUUUAUAUUUUCAACACAACACUUUCAGUGCUCAGAAAAUAUUAAAUAAUAUAAUAUCUAUUUCCGAGGCAUAAAAGUAUAUUUCCGUAUAUUUUAGUCUAUCAACUCAAGUACUGUACCUAUAUUUAGGACGUUUGUGUACACAAGCAAGAAAAUGUCGUUAGCGAACAUUGAGAGUUGUGUAUGUUUUUAUAUUAUUUUGUGAUUAUUUUUUAAUAAAUAUGAUUCUUUAAA